GAACACGUGUAUUUUCCUCCUAUUCUGAAGGUUACCGAAGAGCCACAGAAGCAGUGCCGGUUAGCCGCUGUUUGUGGUUAUUUGGACGGUUUAGCUUUGGUGAACGUCGGGUCCGGAGCAGUCUUGAAUCAGACAUGGACCCUCUGAAGGCACAGCAAUUGGCGGCGGAGCUAGAAGUAGAAAUGAUGGCCGAUAUGUAUAAUAGGAUGACCAAUGCUUGCCACAGGAAGUGCGUGCCCCCCCACUACAAAGAGGCGGAGCUGGCGAAGGGCGAGGCGGUGUGCCUAGACCGCUGUGUGGCCAAGUACCUGGACCUCCACGAGAGGCUGGGCCGCAAACUCACUGAGCUCUCCGUGCAAGAUGAGGAGAUGAUGAGGAAGUCUGCUGUCGGAAGCGGAUAGAGGGAUGGAGAAACAGACGGAGGAGAAUGGGAUUAGAAAGCGAGGGAAAGUAGAAGGGGUUUGAAGAAGGAGGCAAGAGUGGGUGGGGUAGAAGUCGACCUGCUUGAAGAGGAGAUGAGGAGAGAUGGGACAGGGAUUGUCCUGUCAGAAGUGGGGUUUCACUGAGAGUUGGGAUGAGGGUAAGGGGGUGUGGGGUCAUUGGGGCCGUCCAUUGAAAGUGAGGGAGUAGGGUCCAAAGUGUUAUGGAGGAGAGAAAUGGAGAUGCAUUGGGGAGGGGGGGGGGGGUACUUGGAGUUAAUUUAUGUCUGUUAUAAAAACUGGUUGCACUUCUGGUGUGAGUCAAGUAAUUUCUAUUUAUACUGAAGAGACACUAUGCAUAGUUAACUCUUUAAAGGCUGAUGAUCAUGCUCUUUUGGCACUGGCCAUUACAAGGUUUCAUCAAGAAGUAAAUAAAGUUUCCUUUAUUGCCACCAUGAAACUAAUCAGGUCUGGGUUCUCAAAGAUUUGGGCUGCAAAGUUCACCCAGAAGUCAAAUCAAGUUUUGUGGACCAGAGUUAAGUGCUUUUAAUGAUUUUGGAAAGAAUUCAUCCCUUUAUCAUAGUCAAUUUUCUAUUGAGGACUGUUGCUAUGUCAAUGUGGAGUACAGCAUGUGUUUUUUUUGGGCUGUUAAUAAGCAUUUUGUUUAAACGGUAUGCUUUUCUACAACGUUUUCUGUCUUCUACUGAUGUUUUUGUUAACAUUUCUGUCCUCGUCAUUCAAUAAAUCUUUGUUCUGGC